CUUGUACACUCUCCUCUCCCCUCCAAUAUUCCCCUGCCAAUACACCAAAUUGAACACAUUGUGCUUGUUUUGCCAUGGCUAAGGCUUUGAGGGCUUGUGUGUUCUUGCUAAGGCUCUUCGCGGCGGCCGCGACGCUCGUCGCCGCCGUCGUCAUGGCGACUAGCCAUGAGACCACCUCCUACUUUGGUUUCACCAUGGAGGCUAAGUUCCAAUACACAAGUUCAUUUGUGUUCUUUGUGAUAGCUAAUGCCAUAGCAAGCGGGUACAGUUUGCUGGUUCUCUUGAUUCCUUCCACAAGCUCUUUCUCGAGAUUGGUCAUUGCGACCGAUGUGAUCAUAGGAAUGCUACUCACCAGUGCGGUGGCGGCGACGGGAGCGCUGUCGGAGCUGGGGAAGAACGGAAAUCAGCAUGCGGGAUGGCUGCCGAUCUGUGGGCAAAUACACGAAUUCUGCAACCAUGUUAUGGGAGCUCUCAUUUGUGCCUUCGUCGGUCUCCUCAUCUACCUCCUCAUCCUUUUCCAUACUUUCUACGUUGUGAUCAACCCUCUUUUCCCAUGAGUUUUCUUUCUUUCCCCCUUUUCUUUUUUUUCUUUGAACACGCGGUCUUUUUACCAUAUACUAUGAAAGAUCACGUACGUGUCUCAACGUCCUGUUAGGAACGGCAAGUUCCAAAUAUAUAUACUUAUGUGGUUGCAUGUUUUUACCAAAUACGUGAUAAAGUACAUGCAAACUUAUAAAAGUUUCAGUUUAAACUUA